AUGGAUUCAGCAACAAACCUGAUAACCUUCUACGGUGCCCGACCUGAUAACCUUCUAUGGGAGGCUCUCAGCGACAGCGAGCCGGUGCUGAGCACGGACGUGCGGCUGAGCCGGGGCCGCAAGAGGAGCGAGAGGCGCCUUCUCCUCCUCCAGGAGGAGCUGGUCAUUGCCAAGUUGCAUCGUGGCACCACCCUGCGCCCACAGCUCCGCCUGCCCCUGGACCAGCUGUGGGUGCUGAGCGGCGGGGAGGAGGAAGAGAAGGAGGAGGAGGAAGGCAGCCACAAGCACCAGACCUCCCUCAUCUUCGCCUGGCCCACCGGCUCUUGCAUUGCCACCUUUGGGGGGGGCGCUUCGGGCCGGCAGCUGCAGGAGCUCCUGGCUGGCCUGGAGUGUUCAGAGGCUCACGUGGAGCCCUUGGCAUUGCAGCACUUCCUCCAGAGCAUCCCUGCCAAGCUCCUCGUGACCCACCUCUAUGAGGACUGGAUGGCAGCCAUGCAGAAGAGUAGCAAGGAGGAGAAGAUUGCAGAGCUGAAAGCAGUGGCUGAGAAGUUGCCUGCGGCCAAUCUCCUCCUCCUAAAGCGGCUCCUCUCCCUCCUCCAUCACAUUGGCCACAAUUCAGCCACCAGCAGGAUGAGCUGCAGAAACCUGGCUAUCUGCGUUGGGCCCAACUUGCUGAGCCCACCCAGCAAGGAUCUGCUCCCACUGGAGCUGGAGGUGACUGAGAAGGUCAAUGCGCUGGUGGAGUUUCUGAUGGAGAAUGGCAGGGAACUCUUUGAGGAGGACACAAGUGGCCUUGCCAGCCUACCAGCUGAGGAGUCACCAGGUCCCACGGAGAGAUCUGGAAGCCUGUGUUUGGAAGAGCAAAGUGUCCCUGCCCUCACAGCAGGCACCGAGCGUCAGGCAGCAGCCUUGCUGCACGCACCCCCCUCCUUGCUCGGUGUCCUCAAAGAAGCUGGGGGAGAUACGGAGGUGGAGUCUGAAAGGGGAGAGGCCCCUCUAGCUUUGCCUCCAAGCACCCCCAAGACCGUGGCAGACUCCCUGGGGUGCCCAGAAGAACUGGUGAGGCUUUCUGAGCACAGCAGAGGCAUAGUAGUAGGCGGUUGUGUACUUUUCCCUGAUGCAGCUAGUAAGAAAGGACACAUAUUUCAAGGGUUUGAUGACCUACAUGCAUGUGCUGAUCCUGGAGCUCCUGAACAUGGAUACAAGACACCCAGUGCAGGUGUUUUCUUUGAAAGCGUGGUAGUCCGGUUUCAUUGCCAAGAAGGAUACAGGCUUAAUGGUACUUCAAAAAAACUGUGCGUGAGACACUUUAAUGGCUCCCUGAGCUGGAAACCAAGUGAUAAACCUGUGUGCCUACAAGAAGUCACAGAUUGCCUUGUUCCACAUGUUGAAGAUGCAGAGAUUCAUAACAAGACAUACAGGACUGGCGAUAAGUUAAUAAUCAGCUGUCAUGAAGGAUUCCAGAUCCGUUACCCUGACUUAGACAACAUGGUUUCAAUCUGUCAAGACGAUGGAACAUGGGAUAAUCUGCCCAUUUGUCAAGGUUGCCUGAGGCCAUUGGUUCUUCCUCAUAGUUACAUUAACAUAUCUGAGUUCGAGUCCUCCUUCCCCGUAGGAACAGUGGUGUAUUAUCAAUGCUUUCCUGGAUAUAAACUAGAAGGGACAGAGUUCCUUGAGUGCAUGUAUAACCUUAUCUGGUCAGAUAGCCCACCUAGGUGCCUUGAUGUGGAAGUUUGUCCACUACCUCCCAUGGUGAGUCAUGGAGACUACAUCUGCCACCCGCGGCCUUGCGAGCGUUACAACCACGGGACGGUCGUGGAGUUUUACUGUGAUCCUGGUUAUACCCUCACCAAUGACUACAAGUACAUAACCUGCCAGUACGGAGAGUGGUUCCCCUCCUACCAAGUAUACUGUGUUAAAACAGAACAAACCUGGCCAAAUACACAGGAAACCCUCCUGACAACAUGGAAAAUAGUGGCAUUUACUGCUACCAGCGUUUUAUUAGUACUGCUGCUGGUUAUUUUAGCCAGGAUGUUCCAGACCAAAUUUAAGACACAUUUCCUUCCAAGAGGCAACCAGGAGGGCUCCAUGGGUGACCCCGACUUUGUGGUGGUGGAUGGCGUUCCUGUCAUGCUGCCUUCCUAUGAUGAAGCUGUAAACAGCGGCUUGAAUGCUCUAGCACCCGGAUAUUCAGCUACUACAGACCAGGGACAUAGUUUGCAGACAGAAGAUCAGAAUCCUCCAGCUUACCCCGGCCCCAGGAUUACAGACACGCUGCCUAGCGAAUUUGAGACCUGUGACAGUAGGUCAGGCUCCUCUGAACUGCUCCAAAGUUUGUACCCAUCCCCGGCAUGCCAAGCAGCAGCGCUUCCCGGUUCAGAUCGAACUGACAUGUCCUGUAGCACUGCUGGGGAGGCUGCAUCCACGAGUCCGCGGAUCGAUAUUGCAGAUGAGAUUCCUUUGAUGGAAGAAGACCCUUAG